CAAGAGUCAUCUCCCUUUGCCGGCAUAAAGCAACCAACGACUGAAAAUGUUCAUAGAAGUUUUAACUGUAAUAUUAUGUUUCGCUUUAUCAAUUUAUAUUGUUUAUAAAUUAAGACCCUUGUUUCCGGCAUAUGUCAGCUGCUGGUUUUGUGGAGCAUCAACAUCUCUCCCUUACACACAAAGAAACAGCUGGGAUUGCCCUAAGUGUGAGCAGUACAAUGGCUUUGAGAAGGAUGGCAGCUACAACAAAGCAAUUGUGGCCCAGUAUGAUGAAAGCUAUAAUCGACCAAUCAACUGCAAGAAGGCGGAGUUUCUUGGAGGUCACGACCUUCUCUGUGACAAGUGCUGUCAGAAUCAGCUGCUGAAGGUCAAACAGUUGGCAAACUUCACACCUUAUAAUGAGAAGAGCUACGACUGUGAGGUUGAGGCAUUCAGUGCUCAUCUUGAGAAGGUCUACAGACUGUGUCCACAGUGCGAGAUCAGGGUCAGCGAGGAGCUUGAGACUCAGAACGAGGCUCUCUGCAUGCGUCUCAGUCACCUUGAUGAGUCCCAGAGAAGCUUGUUGGGCCUCAGUUUGAAUUCUUCUACUCUUGAUCCUCCUGUAUUGCACUCCAGUUACAGUGACAGGAAACUCAACAGGACUGUCCUGUGCAGUGUCAUACUCCAUGUAGUUGCCUUAGUGUGUGCCCUCUUGUUAGGUGCAAAGGAGAUUAGUCUGGAAGGGGGGACUGAUUGGCAGAGGAGAUUGUUACCACUUCACCCACUGCUUCUGUGGUUGGAUAGGACAGCCAGUGUGGUGUCUGUUCUGGGUCUCUUUUCUGGAAUCGUCGCAAAACUUGUUCUUGGGAAAUACAGGUUACGUAUUGUGGACGCAGCCAGCUGCCCAGUCUGGUUAUUUGUGCUGCUGUCAGAGAACUCCAGUCUACAUUUCCAGCAGAGUUACUUCCCCUACAAGACAACUGGACUGGUUACAAAUAUCCUCACCAGUCUGGCCAGUGUGGCCAUCAACCGAAGGAGACGGAACCAGUCUAAUAUGACUUUGACUAGACAAGUCCUUGACAACAGUCUCUCUGACUCUGCCAGCAGCGUUUCCCCACUUUCCUCAGUCAGUCAAGUGACGUCAAGAUCACCAUUAAAAGGUCAAAGGUCGAAAGAAGCUGAAUUCAGGCCUGAACCCCCUAGCUUGCCGGUAUUUAUGCAAGAAAGAGGGGACGAAGGAAACGCAAUAGUUCAGGAGGCGACGGUGUCAACAUCUAAGAGCAAUAAGGAAGACCAGAAAUACCCAGUACACAAAGAGGCGAAAGUUGACGAUCACAGUGAGACAGUUGAUGAUACUGCAACUGAGCUGAAGGCAUUCACUCUAGGGGAACCAACAGCAAUAAAGAGAAAUAACUCUGGAAUGUUUUCAGCAGUUGGCAUCGUCUGUGCUGCGGACUCCACUGUCAGUGGUAACCAUGGUAACCAGUCCAUACUAGAGGGGCUCAGGGCCCGGGGCAUGGGGCAGAGAAGGCCUCUGAUAUCACCAGCCUCGUUUUCACACCAUUCUCCAGUUGACAAGCAUAGACAUUCGCCAGUCCAUCAUGGCUUGUUUUCAUCACCACCAAGCACCGCACAGUUCUCCAGCUACCCCAGUAACAGGUCUUCGCUAUCAGGGUUUUCCACAUUCUCCAACACCAAUCUGUUCAGCACGGAACGCCUCUCCAUCACACCAGAGCGUCCCAGGAGCCCAAUGGUGUCUGCAUUCGGUAGACCACCAUUCCUGAACGUCCCGUUACAGAGUGACCGACUUUCACAGUGCUCGGGUCAUGUGUCGACAAAGAGCUUUUGUGUUGCUAGGCAGCCAGGCUCCAUUGCUAAGUCGGGUUCACACAGUAGAGAGAUGUCGGAUGAUUCUGAUAACGACAUGGAGAAUUCGUCUGACUUCACCUCUGUGACCAACCGAUGCAGAGUAGAGAGUACAUCAGCCUCAACGGCUCAGGAAAAUAAAGUUUCAUGGUGGAAGCAUCCAGGCUUUGUAGGCUUCAUUCUGGGGGGAAGUGUGGUGGCCAAUAUACUGCUCGGACUUCAGAUGAUCACAUAUAACAAGACCCAGUCUUGACACAGCUGAAUUCUGCACUACUUAUGGUUGCGUUGUGACCAAUGUGUUGCUUGGACUGCAUAUGAUUACAAACAACUGCCCAGUCCUGACACAGUUGAAUUCUUUACUAUUUUUGGCAGAAAUAUGAUCAAGUUUAGUUGGGCUCAGGGAAAACGAGGUUCAUACAUGAUGACAUGAUGACACUCUCCGCUUUUAUAUUUAAUAAUAUAUUUUGCCUUUGUAUGUUUUUGUUUGAAGGAUAUUUCUUCUACCAAAAGAACCUGUCUAGGCGGAAAGUUUCGUCCCUGAUUAGUCUGUGCAAACUGCACAAGCUCAUCUGGCACGACACUUUACGCACAUGCAUUAAACCACAUUUUCCCAGGACAAAGCUGAUUUACUGCUGGGACUAUAGAGGAUAACUAACAAAAACACCCAGUCCAGACACAGUUAAAGAAUUUUCGACUGCAAGUCAUAUGGGGCAAUAAGAGGGGAAAAUAUAUCUGUAAGGGACUACAAAUGAUUUCCUAACAGCUCUAAGUCUGUACAGAGUGGCAAGUUUGAAAACUAAUUUUCCAAGACAUUUACUGAGGAAAUAAUGACUGUCUCUGCGUGGGCCACUGGUGAUGACAGUCAUUAACAACACAGACCAUGGGAGACAAUUAUGGGGCAAAAUUAAACUCUGAUGUAUCCUAACAUGUGGACAUCACCACCAUACAGUUUUGUAUUAAGUUGUAUGUUCUAACGGCAUUGUGUACAACAUUGUGUACAACAGAUCCUGCACGACAAUAAGUGGGGAAAAUAUAACUGCCUCAGCAGUGACUACAGGUGUUCUCUUCUUGUAUCUAUUACAGCCAAUCUUGAAAUGUUUGACUUCUGGGGCAAUAACUGGGGAAAUCAGUGUCUCUAGACCGACAACAUAUGCUUUAUGGUUGUAACUAUGACAGCUAGCUCUGGCAGAAUUGAGUUCUCAACUAGCGAUAAUAAGAGGCAAUACAGGAGAAAACUGAACUACAUUUGGACUACAUAUGAUGUAAAGCAACUUCUAUAUUCCUGUCAUAUUUAAUAUGACUUUUGCCUUAUACUUAAGGGCCUGGGGCCCGUUUCAUCAAAGAUCGUACGGCAAUCUUAAUUUACGACUAAAUUUUAAAAACUCAAAAUAUUAAAGCUGUUCAUCGAUAUACACUUACAAUAUAAAUCAUUGUUGAGAAAACGAUAAAAUGUAUUAAAAUACUGCACCAUGGUGUUGUUAUUAUGUCGUGUUUUAUAAAGUUCUGUCUUUGAAGUUCGUAUCGUAUUUUUAAUUUGUCAUACGAUGUUUGAUGAAACACCCCCUGGUAUAUAAUAAACAAACAAUACCCUAAUGUGACUUAACCUUUCCCCCAUAAAAAGCAAAGUGAAAAUGGCUUUGGCAAACAGCAUAAAACCAUAACAGCUUGCAAGUAACUCGCAGUUUGUUGAGGUUGUAUGCUGUUUGCGCCUUAUCAGAAUCUAAGGGUUGUAAAUGAAGCCUUUAAAACUUGAAUCUAGUAAGAAAGGUCUUAACUUGAAUAUGACUUUCUAAGGGACUACAUAUGAGGGACAAUAUGUAUCUAUGUGGUAAUGGGAUGUAGUAAAGGUUGAAACUGUUCUUAAACUAUCACAUACACUUUACUGGGAAAAUGAUUCUCCCAAUACAGACCUGAAUACUCGGAGAUCUUCAAAAAAACAUUUUUUUUUAUUCAAUUUCAUACAUACAAUGUUAACAUGUAUAUGAUCAUACAACAUAGUGAUUGUACAAAGCAAUAUAGUUCAGACAUGUUAUACAAGAUAUGCUAAUAUAUAUUUUUAUUUUAGAGAGAAAAGAAAAGAGCAACAGAGGAAUAGUUAUGGGAAAUGAGUUGUAUAAAGUUGGAAGAAAACAUACUGGACUUGUGUGUUUUGUUGUAUAUUCACAAUGAUCUUGUCUGAUUGAAAAUAAGAAUUAAAAAAAAAUAAAUUAUAAAUAAAAAAAAAACAAAAACAAAAGGACAAAAUAUUAAUAAAAUAAUUCCUUGAGCUGCCUAGGCUUUUAAAUGGUAAAAUCGAGUCAUGAGAAGCUUUGUUCCGCAAUAAAUGAUUGUAUAGUGUGAUUAAUAACGAAAAGUCUUUAUAUGUCCUAUAUAUUUUGAACAGUUACAUUCUAUUGCAUAUGUUUGUGUGUAAGCAUAUAUGUUCAUUCCUUUUUUACAACAGGACUUUAAUAAUAUUGGUUUAGUAACCUUAGGAACUGUUAUAUUUCCUGUGGUUAAACUGAGGAUUAAGUGUUUAUGUUAGUUUUUAAAAAUUAUGGGUGUUUGACUAUCUGCUAACUCUCAAGAUAUGUACAAAAAGAAUGUUAUUCAUGUAUCUGUUUAGCUAUUGAUCAUGAAUCUGAAAUCUAGAGAUAGGCUGAACAAUGUGUGGCCUUGUGACAUUUUGUUGCUAUUUUAUGUCCCUCAGUCUAUACUGGGGGACAUACUGUUUUUGCCCUGUCUGUUGGUUUGUUUGUUUGCAUCAAACUUAAACAUUGGCCAUAACUUUUGCAAUAUUGAAGAUAGCAACUUGAUAUUUGACAUGCAUGUGUGUCUCAUGGAGCUGCACAUUUUGAGUGGUGAAAGAUCAAGGCUAAGGUCAUGCUUCUAGGUCAAAUAUAUGGAGGGGGACAUAGUGUUUCACAAACACAUCUUGUAUGAUCUUUUAAUCUGUUCAUCUAAAAAAAAUAGCAGUAAACUUUGCAAUAAAAUAAUAGUAGAAAAAGUAGCAAUGUGGCCGAUACAGCCAUCUAGAUGACAAUAACUCUGUCAACAGCUUUCUUUGUUUUCUUAUGCUGGUCAUGUGUGUUUUUCAUUGACAAUGUAAGCUCAAUUCCAUGCUGCAGUUGCUUUUUUUUUUGCUAAAGCCAGCCAACUAUAGGGUUCUUUUCUAAUAUUUUUCUAUUCAGUACUAGUUUUUAUAUUUUUGCUAAAGCCAUGUAUAAAACUUCAGUUGUAAAAAUGAAAAUACAUUUUACGAUAAUUAAUGUUCACUUUGAAAUAAAAUGUUUUUACAAAAUACAUUAUUUUUCAUAAACUGUCAAAAGGCAAUAAGUAAGUUUGUUCUUUAAGUAGUUCAGAUUUAGACAAACUAAUUGUAGUUACCAGUUUUAUUUGGCGUAGCUGUGAAUUGAAGAGUUAUUACCCAGUUCUAUGUUAGAUGUGGUAAAAUAUAUUGUGACAUAUUAUUGUCUGCCAUUGUUGACAUUUGUGUGUGUUUGUAAUUGAAUGAAACCUGUAUUUUGUGCACUUAAUGAAAAUAAAUUACCAAGUUGGUCA